UCACACUUGCCGCAUUUUCACGGCAGAAGCCAAGGUCAGAAGCCAAAGUGUUAAAAAAAGAAGCGUUACAAACGGGCAAAAGGCACUGGGAGCUCCACCAAGGCACCAUGGACAGCCGAAACGUCGUUGUUUGCGACAACGGAACCGGGUAUGUGAAGUGUGGAUUUUCUGGGGAGAAUUUCCCCACAUCGGUCUUUCCUUGUGUAGUGGGAAGGCCGAUGCUCCGUUACGAAGAAUCACUUACCGAGCAAGAGGUUAAGGAUAUUGUUGUUGGCGAAAGUUGUGCAGACUUGCGGCAUCAGCUUGAUGUAUCUUAUCCUGUGAACAACGGCAUAGUGCAAAAUUGGGAUGAUAUGUGUCAUAUAUGGGAUCAUGCAUUUUACAAUGAAUUGAAGAUUAACCCUCCAGACUGUAAGAUUCUACUCACGGAUCCGCCUCUCAAUCCUUCCAAGAAUCGUGAAAAAAUGGUCGAGAUGAUGUUUGAGAAGUACAAUUUUGCUGGAGUGUUUAUCCAAAUCCAAGCUGUUCUAACAUUAUAUGCUCAAGGUUUGUUGACUGGAUUAGUUAUUGACUCCGGUGAUGGUGUCACUCAUGUGGUAAUUAAUUAGCUUCUGUGCCUCUUAAUUGUUAUGGUGACCACUAUAAUGACACUAGGUUUUGUCUAUUUGUUUCAAUCUCACUUUUUUCCUUCUUUGUACAGUGCUUUUUGCUACAGUCAUUUUUUACAUAAUGUCAGUUGUAUAUAAAUAUU